CCCGGUAAUCAAAAAACGCAUGUGCGUGCUCAGUAGCGUGUCAAAUUAAUUUGCUUAGGCUCUCAGGCAGUAUUUACUAAGCUGAGGGACCAUGGCUAAGCGCAGGAAGAUCAAAAAUACUAAAAAGGCGCCCAGAAAUGUUGGCAAUGGCUCCGUCACCGAAGACGGAGACGUUUCCGACGCCGUCGAGCAGCCGUCACAGAGUGCCGAAGAGACCUCGGAGGAAGCAGGUCGGACGGCAGACGAAGCGAUCCUCGUAGUCGACAACGACUGCGCCACCGAGGACGAGAAGGACUUGGACACGCCCGAUCAUUCGCUAGUCGUUCAGCAAACCGUGGUGAAGAAGCGGAACCGCGCGGACCUAUCAGACAGCGAAAUCAAGCAAAACGCCGCACUGAUUGUUGAAGACAGGAAAAGCGUCAACCUCCUCAUCGACAUCGUGUAUUCCCUGUCGGCAGACUCGGAGGACGUCGUCGUCGCCGCCCUACAGGCGUGCAACAAGGUUUUCUGCCACUUCCUCAAGACAAGCACGGCGCUCUACGAGAGCGACGGUGCGGUAAAACCAGCUGAAUCGCAAAAUGCCCUCGAGAAGUUCAAUGCUUGGCUUCGGCAGCGGUACGCCGAGGCGUGGCGUCGUGUCAUCGCGAUGCUGUCGGACGCCUCCUCACGGAAGCAGAGCCUGGCGCUCCAAGUCGCCAUGAAGUGGAUCGAGGUGGAGACGGUGCAUAGGAAGGAAGGAGAACACCACGUACCCAGCGCAAAAGUUGCCGCGGUUGUCGAGACGUUGUUGGACGCCGAGCGAGACAUGAAGAACGUCAUCUCCAAGUUCAAUCAGUUCCUCGACCUCGCCGACGUUAAGACGUACGCGCUUCGGGCACUUGGUAAGGUAGCCCGGGCGUGGAGGAGGGUGGACUCGGAGGCGGGUACUAUGCAAGAUGGCGACGAGGACAAGGCGACGUCCAAAGAAGACGUGAAGAAAGAAGAGUCGGUGCAGACGACCACCGCGAAGCAGCCGGAAAUGACCGACCGGUACUUGUCGAACCUCUAUCACUUGCUCCUUGGUUUCGAUAUGACCGCAGAACAACACAAGGCCGGAGAGCCCAUUCCCGUGUUGGGAGGGGAAAGCACCAACUACAUUGUCAACCGCGAACAAGAGGUCAAGCGCCUGUCGGCCGUCUGGAUCACCUUCCUGCGCCAGAAGCUCCCUGUAAAGCUGUACCGCGAGCUACUCAUCUUGCUGCCCGAAAAAGUGGUGCCUUAUAUGCACAACCCGCUUCUGGUCACCGACUUCUUCAUUGAGUCGUACAACCGUGGCGGUUCCUACAGCCUCUUGGCCCUCAACGGGCUCUUCCUGCUCAUCCACCGCUACCACCUGGACUACCCCAACUUCUAUGAGAAGCUGUAUGCCCUGCUGGAGCCGGGCGUCUUCUACGAGAAGUACCGUGCCCGCUUCUUCUUCCUCACUGACCUGUUCCUCUCGUCAUCUCAUCUGCCGGCUUACCUGGUCGCCUCGUUCGCCAAGAGGUUGGCCCGCAUGGCCCUCCAGGCGCCCCCUUAUGCCCUCCUCUACGUCAUUCCAUUCAUAGGCAACCUUCUGAUUAGGCACCGCAGCCUGGCAACGAUGAUCAACGACUCAUCAGACCGGGACGUCUCCGUCGACCCAUAUGACAUUGAGCAGGAGAACCCGAGCAAGUCGCAGGCCGCCGACAGCUCCCUCUGGGAGCUGAAGACUCUUCAGAGCCACUGGCAUCCAACAGUAGCAAAGAAGGCUAAGUUCAUUGACAACAACUUGCCACGGAUGGAGUGGGACUUCUCUGAAAGGCUCGAGGAAGGGUACGCAGAAAUGAUGAAGCGCGCAAAAUCUGCUAAGCACAAGGAAGCGCCGACCAAUUUCCACAAGGUUGAGGGACUUUUGAAGCAAAAGGAAGAGCUUCUAAGUGAUCUGUGGACCUUGGAGUGAAGCGAUUCCUCUUGCUUGCCCAUGGUUGGCUCAAGAGAGAGACACAUUCAUUAAUAAUAAAAAAAGUGAUUCUUCUUCUGAA